CUACUAAGUACUAAGUACUAACAAGAUCUAAUAAUAUCUAAUUACUGGUUACCAAUAUAUUAGUGUGGAUUAUAGUUACUGGGUUGUUGUGUCCAAUUCAGUAUAAUCAAAAGAAAUCAUUUAAUUCAAUCAUUAGUUAUUGAAUAAUCAGUUAGUAUACCAUACCAUACCAUUCAUUGAAAUUAACUAGUACCUAUAGUAAAGCCAAAUUAACGAGCGACAGACAGAAUGUCACAGGACAAUUCAUUAGAAUCAAUUACUAAGUUCUUAGAACUUUCAUUAUUACCUGCUACAGCCAAAGAAGCAGAAAUUAAAUUAAAAUCAAUUGAAUCAUUACCAGGAUUUUCAAUUACUUUACUUCAUGUUAUUGAUUCAACAAAUAUUGCUAAUGAAAUUCGAUUAGCUGGAGCUCUAUUCUUUAAAAAUUUAGUUAAAAGGAAAUGGUUAAAUGAAGAUGGUCAUUAUCUUUUACCAGUUGAUGAUGUAGUUAAAAUUAGAGCUGAAAUUUUAGAUAUUAUGAUUAAAUUACCAGGAAAUCUUCAAAUUCAAAUUGGUGAAUCAAUUACUUUAAUUGCUGAAAGUGAUUUCCCACAAAAUUGGUCAACAUUAAUCGAUCAACUUGUAGCUAAAUUAUCAUUAACUGAUUUUAUAACUAAUAGAGCCAUACUUGAUGUUAGUCAUUCAAUCUUUAAAAAAUGGAGACCAUUAUUUAGAUCAGAUGAAUUAUUUUUAGAAAUUAAAUUAGUAUUAGAAAAAUAUACUGAUCCAUUUCUUAAAUUAUUUCUUGAAUUAGAUCUGUUAAUUGAUAAAAAUAAUACCAAUGAAGCAUUAUUAAAUAUUUAUUUUGAAAAUUUAUUACUUUUAAUUCAAAUUUAUUAUGAUUUUAAUUGUCAAGAUAUUCCUGAAUUUUUUGAAGAUAAUAUGAAUAUUCUUAUGAAUAUUAUUCAUAAAUAUUUAAAUUAUACUAAUGAAUAUAUUAAUAAACCUUCAGAAGAUGAUGAAGCAGAUAUAUUAAUUAAAUUAAAAACUUCAAUUAUUGAAUUAAUUUCAAUUUAUGUUUCAAGAUAUUCUGAUGUAUUUGAACCAUUAAUUCAAAAUUUUAUAACCAGUAUUUGGGAUUUAGUUAAUAAUUUUGUUACUAGACAACAAAAAUUUGAUUUAUUAGUGGUUAAAGCUCUACAAUUUUUAACUUCAAUAGUUAAAUUUCAAAAUUAUCAAUCAAUUUUUCAAAAUGAAUCAUCAAUUAAUGAAAUUAUUGAAAAGAUUAUUUUACCAAAUAUUUAUUUUCGUGAAUCAGAUGAAGAAAUGUUUGAAGAUGAACCAAUUAAUUUUAUUAGAUCUGAUUUAGAAGGUAGUGAUUUUGAUUCAAGACGGAAAUCAGCCACUGAUUUUCUUCGAGAAUUAAAAGAUUUAAGUCCUGAAUUACUUACUUCAUCAGUAAUGAAAUAUGUUAAUCAAUUUUUAUCAACUUCAUCACGUUCAGAUGAUUGGAAAAAUAAAGAUACAGCAAUUUAUCUCUUUAGUUCAUUAGCUACUAAAGGUUCAAUAACUAAUCUUGGAGUUACUUCAACUAAUGUUUUAGUUGAUGUUAUUAAAUUCUUUACUGAUAAUAUUGCUAGUGAUUUAAUAAGUAAUGAACUGCAUCCAAUCCUCAUUACUGAUGCAAUUAAAUAUAUUUUUACAUUUAGAAAUCAAUUAAAUAAAGAUCAAUUAUUAUCAGCAUUACCAUUAUUAAUUAAUCAUUUAACUAGAAAUCAAAAUACUGUGGUAUAUACUUAUUCAGCCAUUACAAUUGAAAAAUUAUUAUCUAUGACGGAUUUUAAUACUGAUCAUACUCCAAUCUUUAAUAAACAAGAUAUAAAUCCAUUUAUUAAUGAAUUAAUUACAAAUUUAUUUAAAUUGAUUUUAUUACAUGAUUAUACUCCGGAGAAAUUAGCCGAAAAUGAAUUUUUAAUGAAAUGUAUUAUGAGAAUUUUAUUAACUAGUGAAGAUUUAAUUCAAGAUAGAUUAUCAAUUAUAGAACAAUUAUUAAAGAUUCUUAAAAUUACUGCACAAAAUCCUUCAAAUCCAAAAUUUUCUCAUUAUACUUUUGAAUCAAUUGGUUUAUUAAUUAAAUUUGGUUUAACAGAUUUAAAUAAAUUUAUUGAAUUAAUUAUUCCAGCUUUAUUAAAUAUUUUAGGUGAUGAUGUUCAAGAAUUUGUUCCAUAUACUUUUCAAAUUUUAGCAUUUUUAUUAGAAAAUUAUCCAAUUGGAGCAGGAAUACCAGAAACUUAUAAAAGUUUAAUAAAACCUUUACUUUCUCCAUCAGUUUGGGAAUUUAGAGGAAAUAUUCCUGGUAUUACAAGAUUAUUAGUAACUAUACUUGAACAUGAUUCAUCAAUUUUCACUAUUAGUACUACUGAUUUAACCCCUUUAUUAGGAGUCUUUCAAAAAUUAAUUGCUUCAAAAGCAAAUGAUACUCAUGGAUUUGAAUUAUUAGAAAGUAUAUUUUUAAAUAUCCCCCUUAAUUUCUUACAACCAUUCUUUAAUCAAAUUGCUAUAUUAUUAUUAACAAGAUUAAAGAAUUCCAGAACUGAUAAAUUUGUUAAAAGAUUUACAUUAUUCUUUUCAACAAUUAUUUUAAGUGAUUCAAAAAUUCCUAAUAGUGGAGAUUUUAUAAUAAAUUUUAUAGAUUCAGUUCAAGAAAAUUUAUUUCAACAAAUAUUUACAAAUUUUGUAUUACCAACAUCUAAUUCAAUUAUUAAUUUACAUGAUAAAAAGAUUAUUAAUGUUGGUAUAUCACAAUUAUUAAAAAGUUCAUUGUUUUUAACUAAAUAUCAAGUAUUAGUUGUACCAACAAUAGAACAAUUGGUUAAUAAUUUAUCUUCAUAUGAAGGUAUUAAUACUAAUACAAAUUCUUCGGCAAUUCAAGGUAGUUUAACUGGUAAUGGAAGUGUUAUAGUCAAUGAAAAUGAAAUUGAUUUAGAAAGUGCAUCAUUUGGUUCACAAUUUUCAAGAAUUAUUUCAAUUAAUAUCGAACCAUUUGAUCCAAUUAAACAACUUAAGAAUAAUAAUUAUACUGAAAUCAAAUUUACAAUACUAGCCAAUAUAAAAUUAGUGGAUGUGCAAAUAUUGAAUCAAUUGAAUGAUCAAACAAAGAGUUCACUUAAAAGUUUAGGAAUUUAAUUAAAAUUAGAAGUUUACUGUAUUUAAUUAAUUGUUUAUUUAUUUAUUUAUUUAUUAUACAUGAAUAGGUA